CAAAAACGUGCCCGUGCUGCCGCCGGCGCGACCAAUUGGCGUCGAGCCUGCGUGGACAGGAAGUGACGUUCACCGGGGUUUCCUGCUCUCCCAGAAUUGCGCCGUGUCGCCACAAACAUUAUCCACUCACACUCCCUCUCUCUCUCGCCCAUAUCCAUCUCUUAUAGCGGAGGGUAGAGUUUAUUAUUUAUCAUUUUUUUUGUUCCCUUCGACUGACGAGAUGUUUCAGAAUUUUUAUGUGUAAAGGAAGAAAAAAAAAACCCCGUAAACUUUUAACAGUCGGCAAACGGUCCCCCUGUCAACACAGACAUCUCCAAACACAGCAGACCACCGACCCUCCUCCUCUUCCUCCUCCUCCUCCUCUUCCAUCUCAGCGACCGACAGCCUCGGUGCGACGGGGGGCGUUGAAGUGAUGAAGUGAAGUAACAGGCUGCUGCUUCGGACGAACCGGAGGGAAACUUUCCCCUCCUCAGCUCGUCCACGGUGAACUGUGCCCGUGUCAGUGGAGGGGUUUUACGCACCGCCUAUCACUUCAUUUCUACGUGGUUAGCAGUGUGUGUGUGUGUGUGUGUGUGUGUGUGUGUGUACUGGAGAGAGAGAGAGAGAGAGAGAGUGUGUGUGUGUGUGAUUGUGGCACCUCCCCGCUCCUCCAUAGAUCCAGUUGCCCCCCCCCUCCUCCUCUGUACCUUGUAGGCUGCACCGUGCAUUUCGCCCGCACCUCCUGGCCGCUGUAGUUGGAGCAGGACGCCGCGGUCUUCGAGCCGACGACCCCAUCCAUCGCCUUGGUUUGGACUCUGGGGGGGGGGAGGUGGAGGGAGAAGCCAAGUGCGUCAUGCCGCGACACCUGAAGCACUCCCCGGUCCCGCUGCUGGACCGCGUGGCUCCUUUGUAACUGGAUCUACUUUUAUUCCUCCUUUUUUUUUUUUUUUUUGGAAGGCAGAGGAAGGGCAUGCUCUUCUCCUCCCCGUGUCCGGAGAACACUUGCGAAGAGGAGAAGAAAGUAGAAGGCUGAGCAGCAGCGACAGAGAGGCAAAGAGGAGGAGGAGGAGGAGGAGGAGGAGGAGGUGGGGGGGGAGAUCAUCACCAGAGACUGUGCAGCUUCUCUACUUGUAGAUGUUCGAUCAGGCCACGACGAUGGGCGACGGCAGCCACCGCUGUGGACCCAACCCGCUGUGUCCCGAGCGCAUGGAGGCGAAGUGCCGCGCCGACGCGGGCAGCCGGUCCCCGGUGCAGAGCUCCAACGACGGCCCGGGCACGUCCGCGUCCACGCCGACGUCCUCCAGCGAGGACGGACACGACAAACUUUUGGGAGUGGACCCCGACUACUGUCGGAGGAUCUUAGUGCGGGACGCCAAAGGCACCAUCCGGGAGAUCGUCCUGCCGAAGGGCCUCGACCUGGACCGGCCCAAGCGCACGCGGACCUCCUUCACCGCCGAGCAGCUGUACCGGCUCGAGCUCGAGUUCCAGCGGUGCCAGUACGUCGUGGGCCGCGAGCGCACCGAGCUCGCCCGGCAGCUCAAUCUCUCCGAGACGCAGGUCAAGGUGUGGUUCCAAAACCGCCGGACCAAGCAGAAGAAGGACACCACCAAAGACUCGGACAAGCGCUCCUCCUCCACGUCCGAGUCUUUGGCCACCUGCAACAUCCUGCGCCUGCUGGAGCAGGGCCGCCUCCUGGCGGGCCCCGGCCCGCCCCCCAACCCGCUCCUGGGGCCCCCGCAUCACCCGCCCAACGGCUCCCUGCUGAGCAGCCCCGGCGGAGGCUCCUCCACCUCUCCGGGCAUCGGCGGCGGCACUCCCCCCAGCUCCCUGGCGGGGGGGACGUUCGGGCUGUCGCUGCCGUCCCUGGGCGGCACCCCGCCCUCACCGCGGCUCGGCGUCCCGCCGCCGCACUCCCUGUGCUUCUCCAUGCCGCUGCUCGGCGGCGCCCAUCACGAACUCUCGUCCGCGUACGGCUGCGGCUCCUCGGCCUUCGAGCCGUACAUGCGGCUGGACAGGAAGGAGGCCGACCUCGGAGGGAAGAAGACGGUUUCUUAAGUGACGUGUCCCCCUCUUUGAGGACGCCAGGGGGGGCUGGGAGCUCUUCUCCUCGGUCUCUCCUCCUGCUGACACUCAAGA